AUGCAGGAAACGCGGCUCCCUGCCGAAGCCAGCUCUGAGCAGGCUGACUGUGGAGAGUUGGACAUCGACUUGUUCUGGGAUGCGUCUCCCGUUGCGACUCUCGUUGUGUCUCCGUGCCAUCGCGUGAGAAGAGCCUCUCGGAGCAUCGAGAACAGAUGGAACCGCAAUAUCAAGGACCUUAUUGGCAAGGACGUUUUCAGUGUUCUAUAUGGGGGCUCGGCAUUGGAGAGGUUUGACCGCAUACCUCUUGACAGCGCCAUCGAGAAUGCAAUCGCCCGUCGGGACUUGAUGUUGUGCCCAAAUGCAUACCAAAGUGGAGAAGCCUCCUGGUCAGCACGCAUCAUCCCCAUAUUUAAGGAUGCGGAGCUGCAGUUCUUGGUCAUGGAGUUUGACCAAGAUGAGAACUGGUUCAGCAAGGCUGCUGGCAAGGACGGAUACCUGAGCGACCGGUUGAAUGACGAAAUGUCCCGGCUUCUCGUCCAGACUGUCAAGGACUAUGCUAUUUUCCUUCUCGACACGCGCGGCUACGUGGCGACGUGGAACACCGGGGCCGAGUUGCUCAAGGGCUACAAGAGGGAAGACAUCAUCGGCAGGCACUUUUUCAAUUUCUACGGCCAAGAGGACCUGCGCAUUGGAAAGCCCGAGAAGGAGCUGAUGACGUGCCUGCGCCAGGGGAGAGUGGAAGACGAAGGAUGGCGCUACCGCAAGGACGGCAGCAAGUUCUGGGCCAACGUCGUCAUUACGGCCAUUUACAGGAACGGCAUGCACAUUGGCUUUGGCAAGGUCACGCGAGAUCUGACGGAACGAAGGGAAAACGAGCUGCGCCUCAUUGCCGCGUACGAGGAGAGCUCCAAGCUAAAGAACGACUUUCUCGCCAACGUGAGCCACGAAAUCCGAACGCCAAUGCACGGCCUGCUCUCGGCAUGCUCCCUGCUCCUGGACACAAACCUAUCAGAGGACCAGCGCGAGACGGCAAACAUUAUUGCCGAGUCGGGGCAGGUGUUGCUUGGUGUGAUUAACAGCAUCCUGGACUACUCGAAACUUGCGUCCGGGACCUUCUCCAUCACACCGGAAGUCUUUGGCGUGGGAAAUCUGGUCACGUCGGUUGUUCGGACUACCCAGACGACCUUGAUGCCCGGAGUUCACAUCAAGCUGCAACUGGCGCCGAACUUGCCGAGACUGGCACGAGGGGACCAACUGCGGUUCCGGCAAAUCAUGCAGAACAUAAUUGACAACGCGGCCAAGUUUACGGAUGCAGGCUCCAUAUCGGUCUCUUGUUCCGUGAGAGAGGAAACCGAGACGGCUUACUCGAUUCUCACCGAGAUCACGGACACUGGAAUAGGCGUCAAGGACGGCGACAUGAAGGACCUGUUUCAACCCUUUAUGCAAUCCGAGGUCUCCAUCAAGAAGCGGUUUCAAGGAACUGGACUAGGCCUAUCUAUAGCCAAGUCUCUGGCGGUUUUGAUGGGCGGCGACCUGGGAUACAGACCGAACCCUGCAUGCCAAGGCAGCGUAUUCUGGUUCGUGGUCCAACUCGACAAGACUACAAGUACAAGAGAGCCGCAGAAUGAUGCAGACAAAACACCUUCGCCGUAUUACUCAGCAGGAGAGGUGACACUGGGGAACGGCGAUUCGGCCGCGGUGCUGGACAGAUUGAAAGAAGCAGGAAGCACGAUGCGGAUUCUGGUGGUGGAGGACAACAUCAUCAACCAGAAAGUGCUGGUCGGGAUGCUGCACUCUCUGGGGCUCAAGAACAUUGCCGUCGCCUCUGACGGGGCCCAGGCAGUGUCAAUCGUAAACGGCUCCCCGGGCGAGUUUGACAUGGUAUUGAUGGACGUCAGCAUGCCCGUCAUGGACGGGUUCGAGGCCACCGCGAGCAUCAGGCGCCUCGGCAGCAACGUGCCCAUUGUGGCCAUGACGGCCAACGCCCUCAGGGGGUACAGGGAGAAAUGCAUCCAGUCUGGGAUGGACGACUACAUCCCGAAGCCGGUUAGCAGGAACUUGCUGCUGCGGAAGCUACUGCUGUGGCUGGACCCGAUGAAACAACAACCUGUCCGGCCGACAAUGGAGGUGAACUUGCUUGAAACACCGCCCAUCACGCCCUCUGAGACUUCUACUUCGGAGAUUUGCAAUGGAAGCCUGCGAUUGACUGUGGUCAUGUUGGCGCUGGACCCUGGUCUUUGGUCGACCCCCAUGAUACUCUCUACCGAGAUGACGUUCUUCAAAGCGCCUCAUGCUCAGCUCAGGCUAGCAAUAUGCGCUUGCGCCGGCUACUUCUUUUGCCGCCGUUUGGUGGCUGUUUAUAGUGGUAUUUUGCUUCAGCCCUACAAGCGCGGCGCUGAGUUUGAAUGCCAGCCAGAGUUGGAAGGUGGACGUUGCAACGAAUCCGAGAAUCCCGAUGUCGAGAAGAGCACCCCUCCGGGCACGCCGCGCGCAGUGGCGUAG